AUGAAUCAAAUCACAGUCAAAGAUGAGUCCGGCGCUGUCGCAAGUGAGAGGAGGUUGUCUCCAAGCUCGCCCGGCACUGGAUCAGCAGGCUUCGCUCGCCACAUCGAGACGCAGGAUGAAUGGCCGUCCAGUCGAGAUUUCGCCCAGAGAUAUAGUCGGUACGACACACAGGGCUUCUUGGUCGAUUUCGAACAUACAACCGCAUACACGCUACCCAGGAAGGCACCCGUGCCUCCCCGUCCCAGCACACCAAUCUCACCGUCCGGUCUCACCAGCAUCACUCUUAUCGACCAGUCGUCUUCGCAAUCGGUGCCACUGAUUGCGAUACCAUACGAGUCUACAUCUGAGGCAGACUCCCAACCACACGCAAGACCUCAGAUCAGGUUCAGCGACACGUACCGGAAGUGGUGGUUGCAGCAAUAUUCCCGGCCGGAGCCACUGGUGCGGCUUGCGUCUAGGACUUCAGCUCAGGGAAGCCGGCAAGGUUUCUGGCUCGCUCGAGGUACACUGAAAGGGUGUGACGAGGUGAUGAUGCAGCAAGGCCCCGGGUAUUGGUUGGCAAGGGCGACAAUGAAGGACGCUAAGCAGGACGGCGAGGCAGGGAGCGCUGACAUACCCUCUCGGUUCUGGGGUCGUGUCGUCGACAAGGUACGAAGAAUCAGCGGCGAAGAGAAAUGA